UCAGAGGAGCCCAGAACCCGAGUAUCAGAACUGGAGUACCCAUUAAACCGUAAACAUUUUGGGAGUUUUCAUUCCCGGUGGGGGAGUGGUUGUUACGAGUAACUGGAAAGAGAUUCGCAGCGGAGCGUGAACUCAACGCGUGAUUAGAUGGGAGAAAACAGCUCUGUUACCGCCACACCACCACCGCCACCGGGAAAAUCCUCCGCUGAGGAGGACGCGCUUCUCAAGCAAUUCUUCGCUGAGGUCAGCGAGGUUGAGCGCGAUAACGAAGUUAACAGGAUACUUUCAUGUUUCAAGUUGAAUCCAUUUGAAUACCUUAACAUGUCGUUUGAUUCAUCCAUUGACGAUGUUAAAAAGCAGUAUCGCAAGUUGUCUUUGCUUGUUCACCCUGAUAAAUGCAAGCAUCCACAAGCGAAGGAGGCAUUUGGUGCCUUAGCUAAAGCGCAACAGUUAUUGCUUGAUCCACAGGAGAGGGAUUACAUUCUGAACCAAGUUAAUGCGGCAAAAGAAGAACUAAGAUCAAAGUGGAAGAAGCAGCUUAAGAAAGACACUGCUGGCAAAUUGAAGUCAUUAGUUACUGCGGUGACCGACUCCUUGAUUUGGUUCUGUAACUUGAUGUGUUUUGGACUUAAUCUUUUCUCUACAUUUCUACUGGGAAAAUAUGACCAAGAACAUGAGCAGUCACAGGAAUUUCAGCAGCAGCUGAAGUUGAAGGUUAGAGAAAUAUUGACAGAACAAGAAUGGCGGAGAAGAAAAAUGGCAAUGAGAAUUUCUGAAGAGGAAGGUCGCUUGAAGAAAGAUGAGGAAGAAACAAAGGAGAUGUGGAAAAGAAAACGUGAGCAUGAGGAGCAGUGGGAAGGAACUAGAGAAAAGAGGGACUAUUCGCUUUUUAUUGCUCGUCACAAAAAUCGAAAAAUACUAAUGGUGUAUCCUCGGUUAUUCUUGACGCGUGUCCAGCUGGAGGGAUUUCAUGAAGGGCGGGAAGAAGGUUAAGAAAGGAGAGAUUCGCCCUCCAAAGCUUAAGACAGAAGAUCCCAACAAAUCUUAUGUUCAAAGACCAGUUAAACGAGGUUAACACGUGUACUUGAUAGUUUUUUUAUUCCUUUCACACUUACGUAAAUCUCAUCCACGCUUAAGAACUGGCAUCUUUAUAAAGUUGUAUACUUUGAGAAACUAAUUAUGGAGCAGCAAAUUACACUAAGAUGGCAGCUUUUGGCAUUCUCUUCUGCACUGGUUACCUUAUUAGAUCAUCAGACUUCCUAAUGAAAGGUGAAUGUGUACUGCACCUUGUAAGCAUUUAAAUAAAGACGAAAAUAAAAAGGAUAAAUAGUAGAUGACCAGCUAUUUUUUU